CUUACAGCCGGUCGACCUGGUACAAAUGAAUGUCGCGAACCGAAUGCGUUCGCAAUUGCCGGCCGCGGGCCUCUUAUCGGCGGCGCAUGCCCCAACGGCAAUUGCACAUCGACACCCGGUGAGCCGAACCGUGUUGGUAUCCGCAAUUGGCAGCGACGACACACCUACAAAGCGUUUUUUAGUCCCUCGCGGCUCUCGGAGGGCUCCUGAGCCUUCGCAACCUGUCGAGCAACCCUUACCACCAGCAAGGCGUGACGAGCGCGCACAUCGGGAAGAGGGCCGAAGCGCACGUGAUGGUGCUGGCUAUUCAAGGGACAAGCCGCAGCGUCGGUUGGGUCCUCAGGGCGGCUUUGACCGUCGUCGCAAUGAGGAACAUGUCCGUCGCAAGUUUAACCCCAAUUCCAGCCCGAACUCUGACGAACGCGAAGAAAGCAACGGGAGCCGAAGCCAAAGUAGCAGUAACGAGCUGCAUACCAGCUCCCAGGAUGCCCCGCUGGACCCCCUGCUGACCUCCUCGCCGCGCUAUCUGGCGCUGCAGCAGCUGCUCCGGGUGGAGGAAGGCGGCGCCUACGUGGGGCUGGUGAACGGCUCUCCGGGCGGUUGGGCACUGGCGGGGGCGCAGGGGCAGGGACAGGGACAGGGGGGGCGGCAGGGCGUUGAGGGGGGUGAGGGGGAUGAGGAGCAGCUGGAGUUUGGGGCGGAGCUUGACGAUGGCGGCGAGGAGGAGGAGAGCGGGCCACGGCAGCAGCAGCAGCGGCGGAGGGACUCCUCGUACGGCGGUGGUGGUGGUGGCGGGGAGGCGUCGCUGGAUCCUAGGUCCCGGCGGCUGCUGAAGGAGCUGGUGGCGGGGGUGACGCGGCUGCAGCGGCGGUUGGACUUCCUGGCGUCGCGGCUGAGCAACCAGACACCCGCGGACUGGGAGCCGGGGGUGCGGCUGGUCCUGCGCCUGGGUCUGUUCGAGCUGACGGAGCGGCAGCUGCCCCCGCAUGCGCUCAACGAGCACGUGCAGCUGACCAAGGUGCUGGUGCGGCCGGGCGCGGCGGCGCUGGUGAACGGCGUGCUGCGGGCGGCGGGGAGGGCGCUGGCGGCGGGCACACUGCCCACACCCGAGUCCGAGCUAACCGUUGCUGACAGCAGCAGCAGCAGCGGCAGCGCCGGCAACCGCGCGCUGCUACGUCGGCUGGCCAUCACGCACUCCCACCCCACAUGGCUGGCGGCACGCUGGCUGCGGCGGCUGGGGCCGGAUGGCGCGGAGGCGCUCCUGGCGCGCAACAACACCCCGCCCGUGUACUCGGUGCGGGUCAACACACUAGCAGCAGGGCCUACGGCUGGAGCGGCAGGAGCAGCAGCAGGAGGAGGGGGAUCAGGAGGAAGGGAUGCGUUGGCGGGUGCGGUGGCUGCUGAGUUGCGGGCGGCGGGUGUGAAGGUGGAGGAGUCGCGGUGGCUGCCGGGGGAGUUCCUGCGGGUGCGCAGCGGGCUGCAGCAGCUGCUGGCGGAGGGCUUCGUGACCCGUGGGUCGCUCAGCGUCCAGGACGAGUCCGCCGGGCUGGUGGUGGCGCUGUUGGACCCGCAGCCGGGGGACAGGCUGCUGGACUGCUGUGCGGCGCCGGGAGGUAAGACACUCUUCGCAGCCGCGAGGAUGCGCGGCCGCGGCAGCAUCACCGCAUUGGACGUGUCGGCGGCGCGAUUGCGAGCGUUACGUCGCGCCGCCGAGGUGGCGGGCGCCGCGCAUAUGGUGGAGACGCGCGCCGCCGACUUGCGCGAGUGGGCGGCGGAGGUGGCUGCGCGAGAGGCUCGGCGAGCGCGCGAGUUUCGGCGAGAGGAUGACGAGUGGGAGCGAGGCGGCAGCGGCGGUGGCGGGCGGGGAGGAGUUGUACGGCAUCCUGACUCCCUGCUGUACGACAAGGUGCUUCUGGAUGCGCCUUGCACAGGCACGGGUGUGCUGUCCAAGCGUGCCGACCUGCGCUGGCGGCGCACCCCCGAGCACCUGGAGCAGCUGGCGGCGCUGCAGGGGGAGCUGCUGCGGGCGGCGGCGCAGCUGGUGGCGCCGGGGGGCGUACUGGUGUACAGCACAUGCAGCAUCGAGGAGGAGGAGAACCAGCUGCAAGUGCGGAGCUUCCUGGAACGACAUCCGGAGUUCGAGCUGGAGCCGGCGACCCCCCUAGGGCCGACCCACGGGUCACCACAGUCGCCGUCAGCCUCCGGCGCUGCCGCUGCUGGUCGGCGCGGGCGGGGGUCCGGGGGUCACCGAGGGUUGUCGGGCGGGGUGCCUGCUGAGGUGAUAACGGAGGAGGGGUUUGUUGCCACGUUGCCGCAUGUGCAUGACACGGAUGGGGCAUUCGCGGCCCGGUUACGUAGGCUGGCUCGAUAGGCGAGUAGAGCCUUGCCAAAAGGCUACUACUACCCAAAACGGGUCUAUCAGGGGUUGGAAUUUAUACACAGCACACAGCACACGUAGCUCAGUGCCAGUUUGGUUGCCCAAGACAUGAACAAGGGGAGAUCCGCCCACAUAAGGGACACACCUCGGUUCAACGGACUACUGCGACUGGCGCUCCUUCGGUUCUUCCCCGCUGCUGCUCCGUGAUGGCGGCCCUCGUGUCAGGGCUACCUGCCGGCCCGAGCUUCCGAGUGUAACGGGCUGUUAAGGGGCUGUGGAGCCCCAACGAGCACUUUUUACAACAUACUGGAAGUGUCUUGGAUCUGCUGGCCCCGCCAGCAUAGCAAUGUACGCAAUGUACUAUCCAUGUAACCGGGCUUCUUAUCA